AUGGCAGAAUCCCCGGCUUGGGAGCUGGCGGUGGGGGUGGUGGCGCGGCACGUGCCGCACUGCGGCGUGGCCGCCUUCGCGGCCAAGGAGUUCCAGGCGCAGGAGGUGGUGCUCCAGGAGGAGGCCCUCUUCGUGAGCGCCGUGGCGACCCCCGUGGCGGAGAACGAGGAGCUGUACCGCGCGCUGCUGGCGGAGCAGCGGCGGCGGCGCCUGCCGGACUUCGCCCCCAACGCGCACCUCGGGGCCCUGGCGGCGCUGCGGCGCCUCGGGGCCCGGCGCUGCCAGGAGCUCCUGGAGAGCAAGUGCUGCGGCUCCGCGGCGGAUCUGCCCGAGCCGCGCCUGGCCCGGCAGGAGGCCGGGGUGCUGCGGAGCUGCUUGGCCCAGGGCCUGCUGCCGCCCAGCGCUUCGCUGGCUCCGCUGGAGUAUGCCAAGCUGCGCUUGGCCAUUCAGCUGAAUGGCUUCAGGUUUAACCUGAACGCCAAAGAGGGCGACUUCGGUUAUGACAAGGGCGAGGUUCUCUUUGACAACAUCAGCGACCCGUCUUGUGACUAUGACAACUCGUUCGGCAAGAAAGCGACGCCCGCACCUCCCAUGGAAGUCUUGGCCCUCCACGAUGCGUAA